AUGUCAGAUCUCUGUACUGUGGCAGAUUUCUUCCGUGCAUGGAACAAGGUGAUUGUGACAAGGCCCAUUGGGGGAUCCCUGUUGGAUGCCUUUGGGUUGUUUGAAAAGACAAGCAACAAUCAGGUCUCCUGGAAUAGUUUCCUUGCGGAAAUUGAAGAGAUCUUAAAGAUCACUAACGCUAUCCAGUUUGAUUCUGAUUUGGACCCCAAGGCUUCACAGUUUGGUGAGUUACCAGCCAUUGUCUCCAUCGACACACUCCAGCUGCAACUGCUGGUACAAGCCAAACAAGCCAAAGAGGAAGUAAUCGUUAUCAAAAAAGAUCACGAUCAAGCCGAAAGUUCAAAACCAGUCACUCUGGAGAAUUUCAUGCAAUUGAUCCAUUCAGACAAUGCGGCGAACGCCGAAGAUGUGUUCUCCGCCACCUCCAACAAGACAAUGUUGUGGGAGAUUUCUCAAAUGGUGACUACUCCAUUGGCAAGUCACUCACUUUCAUCCGAAAAAGUUCGGCUUGUCACUCGGAUCGAGCCCUUCGUUGAUAUUUGCGAUAACAAACAUCAUGCAGAGGCGAUCCGUUCUGCGUCGAUGCUGAAUUCAAGACGUGCUGCCACUGCCUCGACUGUCACUUCUGACCCUCAACAGAUACAGGCAAUGCUCAGGGGGAUGAAAUCUGAUCCACUGUGUGUGGAAACGGCCAUUUGUAUGGACCACCAGAUCCAUUUUCUGCCGUUGUUGCAUCGUUCUACCGAUCCCCAGCUUGGGGAUUGCUCGUAUCUCGACACCUGCCACAAACAGGACUCUUGCAGAUACCUGCAUUACCAGCAAUUGCUGCCCAGGCGAUUCAAAGAGAUUGUUGGAUCCAAAGAGAUCGCGGAACACAACCGCAACUGCGAUAAUGCUGCCAAAAGCGCUUUUUUCACCAAAGGAGAAGUCGCAGGUGCGAGUAAUGUGCCUGAACUUCCAGCCCAAUGGAUCAAUUGCGACGUCAGAUUUCUCGAUUUCAGCAUUUUAGGCAAGUUUGCCGCUAUAGUUGCUGAUCCAUCGUGGGCAAUCAACAUGAGAACCCCGAACAAGGUGUCCAAAGACCCAGAUCUCAUGUCACUCCCUAUACAUCUUCUCCAGGAUGAAGGCGUGAUCUUCUUGUGGGUAACUGGAAGGACCACCGAUGUUGGCAGACAGGUUCUUUCCCACUGGGGGUACAAGCCGGCCAAUGAAAUCAGCUGGAUCAAGACCAACCAGCUGAUCCGUACCAUUUGUACUGGAAGAACUGGCCAUUGGCUGAACCACUCAAAGGAACAUCUCCAAGUCGGCAUCAAAGGAAACCCCAAAUGGCUCACAAAGGGCUCAGAUCAACAAACUCUGGUGUCUUCGACAAGACAGACAAGCAGAAAGCCGGACGAGUUGUAUGGCCUCAUUGAGAGGCUGGUGGGAAAGAAGAGUCGCAAGCUCGAGAUCUUCGGGAAAGACUACAACACAAGGCCUGGAUGGCUGACCAUUGGUGAUGAAUUGAAAGGAUCUCACAUUGUUGAGAGGGAUGUCGCCGACCGGUACGUGCAAUAUCUUGGCAAAGCCUAG